GCGUACUCUAUCGUCUUCCUUUUCGACAACCCGAGACAAAGCGACAAGAUGGGCCACCAGCAGCUCUAUUGGAGUCACCCAAGAAAAUUCGGCCAGGGAUCCCGAGCCUGCCGUGUGUGCUCAAACAGACAUGGUCUGAUCCGCAAAUAUGGGCUCAACAUGUGCCGUCAGUGCUUCAGGCAAUACGCCAAAGACAUUGGCUUCGUGAAGUUGGAUUAAAGAGGUGGACUGCUUCACCAAAGCCAUGUGGAAACAUCAUUCCUAGCGACUGACAUGAAGUCGCUUGAAUUACAAAUAAACAUUUUUUUCCUUAUUAAA